UGCUCGACGAUUUGAACUCUAGCACCACCCUCUAACCUAACUUUUGACAAUAUAACAACAACAGAAGAGUGAAUAUUUCGUCUUUUAAUUUCACUUGAGUUUUUAUCUUGAGAUGGAAGUAGAUAUUUCUGACGAAGAUUAUGUCAUUCAAAGGGCAAAAUCGGCUCUUAAGACGGACCCUUUAUCGGCUAAAGCCUGGAUGAUAACAGCCAAAACUCUGUACCCUAAUAAUUUUGGAGUCCAGUUUGAAGCUUACUGUAUUGAAAAAAACGCUGGUCAUGUUAAAGAAGCCGCUAAAUGUUUCAGUGAUUUAAUCGGUAAGUUUCAACAACAACCAGAAUUGUGGAAGGAAAUAGAAAACGUCACUUCCGCACUUAGGGCUGAAAGUGACACCAACGAUCCUGAAAAGCAAUUUUUAUGCGAAAUGUUCAAACACAUUUCUUCAGAUGUCCAACAUAAAUUGCUGUUGUGUACCGCUGACCAUUGUGAGGAUACGAUGGAACAUUGCCGGUUACUCCUUCUCUUAUUACAAAGAUUUCCAACUGCAAUUUCCAGCUAUGGGUCGCGUCUUGUUGAUACACUACUAAGUGCGGAAAAGCACAGUCAUGACGGCACUAAUCCCUCCAAUGCCUACAGAAAACUCCUAGUUUGCGAAUUACUGCCAUUGCUUGCAAGUGAAAAUGCAAAAAUUGACUUGUCCCCGAAAAUAUUACAGAAAUUGUUGUACAAAUCAGUGGAAUUCUAUUCCACUUCAUUGAGUCUCAACCCCGUCUCGUUAGAUUCAGAGUCAAAAAUCGAAGAUCCUUGGAAAAAAUUGUUUGCAGUUGUUGAGUUCAUUGGAAAACAAAUGGAAUGGGACCCUUAUCUUAUCAGUUUUAACAACAAUUGGAGUAAAGAAAGUUAUUGGCAAAAAAUCGUCAGUUACUACCAGACAAGGGCGAAUAAUUUGGACGAAAAGCAGUUGUUAUUUUGUUCGUCAAUUUUUUUUAUUCAUUGUUUGCAUGAAUAUUCGGCAAGUCUCACACCUGAAUCCAGUCCGGGACAACCGCAAAAUACCUUUGUUUUGGUCGAGGCUUUUCUCGACCCUAGCUUGCCCAGCCCUGCCACUGAACCUAAGAGUAAAAAACGCAAAAAUGACGACUUCCUGUUUCCGUAUAUUUCGGUAGAAAAGCCAGAGUUGAAAAAUAUUAAUAGCAAUUUUUUAACGGCUGUCAACUGCUGGGACUUAUUUCAGGCAUCUGAACAUUUUCAAAGAGAAUUUUUUAUGUUGAAUAGUUACUUAAAGUUGGAGUCAUUGUUUACGAGUUUUGUGAUCGAUUAUGCAAUUUAUAAGGGAAAAUAUGACGAUGCUCUAACGUACCUUCAGAAAAUCAACGAAACGAAUUUAUUAUUGAUCAAGUAUAUUAAUAUUGCAGGAAUUUUGUAUUUGAAGAAGAAUUACAGGUCAUGUUUUGAUCAUAUUUUAUUGGCCAUUCCUUUACUACCCAAUAAUAAUGUUGGUAGUUUAAGUAAUGUUUUAAUAGUGGGAGGAAAUCAGCGACAUUUACAUUAUUUGCCACUGACUUUCACUGCAGUUCUUCAAUAUUUCAUCAAACUUCUCAUCAGAUGCAUUAAAGAAAAUAUGGAUAAGCAUAAUUAUAGCGAAUUAGCCAUUGGCCAUAUUUUGGCUCUAGUUCAGUUAGAUUGGCCUCAAGAGGAGGAAUUUGUGCCGUUUUUAAUGCAGCAAAUUCAGGAACAUGGCUCCUUUAAUUACAUUUUAUUUCAAAACUAUAUUAUAAAUGUGGACAUUUUGGAGGAAAUCACCUACUUAUGGACCAAUCAAGGGGGCCAAAUAACUUUAGACAUUAUUCCCCAUAUGGGACAGAGAAGGAUAGGUACUAGGGGGGCCGACAAGGGGGCGAAAGAAGAAAUAAAACAAAUAAUCCGACGCCAAGUCGCCCGAAGCAAUGAAAAUGUUAGCGAACUUUUGAUCCGUUUUUUAACGCAUGAACGCGAGCUCAUUUUUCAAAGCUUGAUGUAAGCAAUAUUAAACAAACAUUUUGUAUUUAGGAA